AUGGGUGGGAUAUUAAGGACAUUGUAUGCGGCUUGCAUUGCGCACAUUCUUUUCUUUUGCUCGGAAUCUAGUGGUAUUAUAACCCAAAAGACAAAUUCGCUUGACUUGGAGACGGCCACAGAGAAUGGCGUUGCCCUGUUGCCGCAUCUUGUUACUGGCGAUGCAAAUGGGACAAAGAACCCAAUGUUGACAACAUUACGAGAGGAAUUGCACGAUAGUGUGACAGUUACGUUGGAUUCCAGUAUGAAAAUGGUCCCAUCUGCACAUUGCAGCGGUAAAGAGGUUGAGGAAUGUGAUCCAUCGCGCGAAAAUUGCGCAAGUAAGGUUGAAAAUAACAAUGGCACAGACAUUCCUCUUGUAUUGUCUGCAACAGGGUACAGUUGUGAUGGGAAUAAACAACAAUUGCACUCUGACAAGGGUGCAGGAUCGGUGAUAUGCAAUUUGAAAAAUAAAGCAUUACCACUAGCUGCACGUGGUUAUCAGGGGAGAGCGUGUUGUGUUACAAAUGCGAAUAAUUUGAAGGAUACGACAUGUAGAGACGCGGGUGCGUCAUGCGGCAUGGCAGCUUACUUUGAGAACAGCUGUCAGGCUACUAUUCUUUUUCACUUUUGGAGGACAACAACAGUGCUAAACUACACCGUUACUUUGAUAAUUAUAUUCCUUUUGUCAUUGUUUACUGUGAUGUUGAAGGCUUUAAGAAAGAAGGCUAAUACAGCACUGACCAAUAUGAACACUUGUCCCUAUGUGUUGAGGCAGUUAGCCAUGUUCGUCAUCGCCUAUGCAGUCAUUUUGAUGGAUUUCUGUAUGAUGCUUGUCGUUAUGACAUUCAACGUUGGAAUAGUUCUUGUCGCCUGCACGGGCUAUGCAUUAGGCUACCUCUUGACUUGCUUUAGACCCACAUCGUCAACAAACGUUGCAGAAUCAGAGUCACCAAUCGAGUGCGAUGCCGACUGCUGUUAG